AUGUUCCCCCUCGACGAGGCGGAUUGCGUCGGGAUCGCUUCCGAUCCGUCCAAGGUCGGAUUCCUGGCGAAUUUGCUGUUCCAUUCGUCGAUCGAGGCGCGGGUGAAUUCCGCGGCGAUGGUCGAGAUGGUCGUCGUCGGGACGCGGUGCUCGGAUCUGAGAGCGGCGGCGGUGAGCGGGGUGGAGGAGAUCCUCGAGGGAGUUGUGGAGAUGUUGCGGAAUCCGAUCCCCUACCCGCUGACUCUGAAGAUCGGGAUCAAGGCGAUGUUCGCGCUGUGCCUGGCGAAGCAGACAUAG